AUGCCUAACCACGUCACAGUCGUCUCAUGGCAAGAUGUCUUCCACAGAGAGAUUUGCGCCUACCUAUCUAACAUAGAAGAACUGGCCGUCUAUAUCCGAAUGCACCCCAAAGACAGAACCGUAAAGACAACCGGAAAAAUGUACAACGGCAUGAUGUUCAUCUGGGCGCAGGUCGAGCGCAUUCGAGAAAUCGGGUUGGAAAUGGUCGCCCACGCUCCGAAAAGCCCGCUCAUACUCGAGCGCCGCAAUUAUUGGUUCAUCCGUGCUUUGGCGGAUCAGACUGAAUUCGAGGAUGAGUGCGAUCGAAUGGAGCGCGAAUUGGAUGCCAUGGCCAGGAGGAUUUUCCGUCGCGAGGUCGAUAAUCUUUGGGUUGCGGCGUUUUUGGAGAAUGAGUCUUUGCAUAUAGCGGGGGAGUUUGGGCUUUAG